AUGGUACUGUGCGAUGAUAUUUCAGCACUUAACAAUGUGUCAUCGUAUGCGUACUGGGCUGUAAAUGGGACAACGAUCGCUGGCAAAGCUAAUGGCACAAGUGGUUCAGCAGUUGGUUAUCUUAGUCUAAAUGAAGGUAUAUUUAUUUCAGAUGCUGAUACACUUUAUAUUGGUGAUGCUGGCAACAAUAGAAUAGUAGUCGUACCACUUAAUAGCAUGAGUAGCAUAAGUAUUAUCGGAGCUGGAUACGGUUCUAACCUCAAUCAAUUUUACUAUCCAAGCGGUGUUUUUGUUACGAGUGCAUACAUCUACAUUACGGAUACUUAUAACCAUCGAGUGCAGAAAUGGUUUAGAAACGCUACAAAUCCGGUUACGAUAGUUGGAUCAUCAUAUAUUAGUUAUGCUUAUUUUCCGUUUAUUGACAAGUACAAUAACUUAUAUUUGAGUGACUGUGGAUAUAGCCAGGUGAUCCGUUUUGCGCCGAAUUCUUCAUCUCCUGUCAUAGUGGCUGGAAACGGUACAAGCGGAUCCGCAGCAUCUCAACUUGGUUGUCCACUUGGGAUUUCUGUCGAUGAUUCUGGAACAGUGUACGUUGCCGAUUAUUGGAACCAUCGAAUUCAAAAAUGGGUCUAUGGAGCAUCAUCUGGAGUUACUGUCGCUGGAAACGGAUCGAUUGGAAACAGUUUGAUGCAACUUAACUAUCCUAAAUCGGUUGUUGUUGAUACAAAUGGAUACAUGUAUAUUGUUGACACCGGAAAUAAUAGAAUCGUCAAGUGGGCACCUAAUGCAAAUUCGGGUGUCUGUAUUAUUGCUUGUUCAGGUGUUUCUGGAAAUCAAAUGAAUCAGCUCAGUGGUCCAGUAAGUCUAGCAUUUGAUAGUCAAGGAUCUAUCUAUAUUGGGGAUAUGGGAAGUAAUCGAGUGCAAAAGUUUCAAAAUAUGAAUAAUACAGGUCCAACAACAACUACAAUACAAAUGACAUUUACAAGUCCACUCAGUAAUUUAAUAGUUUCAUCUACAAGUAAUCGAAAUAAAUAA